CAUCUUUACACUUGUUUGCAUGAAUGGAGAGCCGCAAACGGCGAAAUUUCAGCUCAUACCAGUCGAAAGCGCCACCAUUCGCUAUCCGCCAGCCUGGAAAUGAGCCUUAUUCCCCGCCUAGAACAACUACCACCUAUGAAUCGCAUGUCUUUAGUAGCAAUAAUGAUACUGUAAAUAACACAGUGACAGAUGCCGCAUUCCAGUCUCCACUCAAUGAUAGCAUCAUCAGUAAUAGCUUUCACGGUUUUACCUCGCCCGCGUCGCGAGCGAGUUUGAAUUCCAAUUACUUUAGAAGGCGAAGUCAUAGACGUUACUCUCCUCCGUCUUACUAUAAGUCACCUAGUCGCUUCAAUAUCCGUCCACUGGAUGCAGACAGAUCACCCUCUCCACCGCCAGAACACUCAAUUUCAGUUCCUGUUAUGAUUCCUAUACCCGAAACAACACCAUCCAGAGUCCAGACUAUGAUAUCGAGAUUUCAAACAGCUGUGGAUUAUGGUAUUUCACCAUCGCUGUUCCCUGAGCCGGAGGACGAUACAUAUGAUUUCUUCGAAAAAAUCGAAACUCCAGAAGGACCGCGUGUUAUCGAUGCGAGAAAGCGAGCGAUGAGUACUACUUCCAACAUCUCACAAAAAAGAAGGAAAUUGCAAGUGGAUAGUUCUAGCCGAUUUAGCUCCAGGGCUAGUCUUCAUAUCCAACCCCCCUCUUUCCUGCCAAGGACCUCCGCUGCACCUCCACCUGUAUACAUUCCAUUACCUGCACGUAGUCCAACACCUGUACGUCGUCCACCACCCACCCAUGUCGCUCCACCUUCCCACAGCCCUACACCUGUACGCGUUUUGAGAGAUAUCUCCGACUACACCAAGUAUGGAGAGACGUUGUUGGAUCGUCCACAGGAACUAGAAACUGAACAGCCUAUCGAUGUUCAAGAUGAUGAAGAGGACAUUCCUUCACCUGUAUUUAGCCUUUCACCUGAAGCUAGUCCUCCGCCUCCCAUACAUCGGCCACCACCUGCACGUAGCCCUUCACCUGGAGCUAGUCCUCCGCCUGCCAUACAUCGGCCAUCACCUGCACGUAGCCCUUCACCUGAAGCUAGUUCUCCCCCUCCCAUACAUCGGCCACCACCUGCACGUAGUCCACCACAUGAUCGUGUCUUAAGAGAUAUAACCAGACCCAAGGACAGAGUAGUCACCAUCGCUGAAGAUACCGACUCUACCUUUAGCCAUGUAGGUCAGAAGAGAGUAGGAGCGGCUCCUGUUGAAAUCGAUGAAGAAGAGACAGAAAAGGAUGUACUGCAUUUUGUAAAGAAGGUUGCAGAAGGCGCUACUUUUGAAAAUGAUAUAACGAGUCGAGCGUCCUCAUUCAUUGAGAAGGAGCUAAUUUUACCAUCACAAACCAAUGGAGAUUCACAGAAUGAAGUAGCGGCGCCAGAAAAGCAAACUUCCAACCCAAUGUUUGACCAAGAUGCAAAGCAAGCGUUAGAUCGAUUGCUGAUGGAGCAGGAUCAAGAAGACCAAGCUCAAGACGAGCUGAUCCAAGAGAAAGAGAAUUUCGUCCCUGCUGGUAAUACUGACGUACAAAAGGACGCCUUUGAAACGCGCUCUAUUAACCCUGACCUGGAAGAAGCACAACCUGCUGAUGAAGAGGAGGAAGAAAUCAUUACCACCAUUUUUGAUGACGACGAACGGGAAAUGGAUAUGCUGUUCCUAGACGAAGUGGAUGACAUGCCUUUGCACUACAAGCAGGAUGAAGACAGUCAACUGCCAUCGCCUAUUGAAAAGCGGACAGCUCCACUACCAGAAUUGGAUGAACAACCGCAUAUUGAAGAGGCUGAGGUUGAGGAAGAAGUUGAGGAAGUGGUCGAAGAAGAAAUUGAGAGCGAUAUUGAGGAAGUCGACGAAAUAGAAUCUGAAGAAGAUAUUGAAGAAGUACAACCCCGCCGUAGCUCUACCCCAUUACGGAUACUGGAACCUAUUUUCGAACACAAAGACGACGAAAAAAUCAUAGCCGAAGAAUCAGACGUGGCUUCAGACCUUGAGGAUAUGACAAAGGCUGGCGAAAUGGACGAUACCAUCAGUGAUGAAGGGCGAGGUAUUGAGGUGGAUCUUUCAGUAGCUGCUGAGGAAGACUAUGCAACAAAACAGCAGGACGAAGAGACAAGUCAAAUUCUGUCACCUGUAGAAAAGGAAUCUAAUUUGCCACCGUUGUCUCCUGUGGCGGCCGUCGAAAAGCAUGACACUGUUACAAUUGAAAGAAGAGAGUCGUAUCGCGUCUCUGAACAUGAGGAAGAGCAAACACUUGAUCAAGUGUUGAUGGAUCACCGUCGAGACCACCACACCCCAGAUGACUACAAUGAUUACGACCAUUUCGAAGGUGAUGAUGAAGAUGAUAUCCCUGUAGAUCAUGUACCGGAAUUUACUAUUCAGAACGAGCACCCUUCAGAAGAACAUCAUCAAGGCGAACCUAUUGAAAAUGAGGGCAUUUCAGAAGAACACUUAAUAGUUAAAGAGCACACUCAUGUGCAAUAUGAAACUGUUGAUCAAGGUGUUGAAGUGAAUGAGAAUGAUGAAGAGGAGGCAAAUAUCUCUAUGUCACCCAAUGUACAGCCCGUGAAAGAGGCGGAACUUCCUGCAACGAUUGUUGAUGAAGAAGAACGCAAUUUGGACAUGACGCUAUUCGAAGAAGUCGAAGGUUUGAACGACACACCACACCAUGAUGAUGAAGAUAGUCAACCCCGAUCGCCAUUGGAAGACCAAAGAAAAUUCUCUCUAGAAGCCUAUCAUCAAGAGUAUAAAGAGAAAACGCAAGAAAGACCAUCACCAUCUCCGAGCACAGAUCCCGAAGAACACGCCCUGGACAGGCUAUUAUUGGAAGAGGUGGACGCGUUUGGUUCUGCCGAAAGUAUAGUAUCGAUUGAAAAGGAAAAUAAGGCAUUUGCAUCGCCUGAGCCAUCUUUCUAUGCUGCACGUACCCCGUCGCCCGUUCAAGAACUGCGGUAUCAUGAACGCUUGCAAUCUGGAUAUAGCGGCCAACCAAGAUCAGCCCUGGAAGUCAUAAGAGACACUCUUUCUCAAAACCAACUGCCUACUCCACCAAGAAGUUCACCCAACGUCAGUGUUACUAAGGGCCAAGAUGUGUUGCUGAAAAAGAUGGAAACAACUGACCUGAAUAGGUCCUUUGCUCAACUACAUGCUUCCUACACUUCGACACGGCAAAACAGGGCGGAGCCUCGGCGAGAGGCAAACGAGAUGGACGUUGUAUCUGAAGCCAUUGGUCAAGUCAUGGCACCAUACCAUACAUCAGAGCACGACAGUACUGUUAAAACUGCCUUGAAGAAAUUCAGACGCAGCAUGUUUGAACAGCUAUCUCAGCAGGCUACCUUGUACAGUGAGCAUGAGCAGAUGCAACUGAAACUUCGUCAGACUAAAAACCACAACAAGCAGCUGCGGGCUCAGCUUCUGGAAAUACGACGUCAACGACAUGGAGUGAAAGCAAGUUUACAGCAUGAACGCAAUCUUUCAACAGUGGAGCGUUCUAUUGAUUAAUUGGGACCAGCACUUUUCUAAAUUGAC